AUGAGUGAUAACUGAGGAAGAUGGAUAUAUAACCGAAUCAUCCAUUCCCCCAUCCUUUUCUCUCUUUCUGUCUGCAUUAUGGAUGAUGAUAAUUCAAGCCAAAAUUUUCAAGUACUCUGGUUUAGCAACUUGAAGAAAUUACUCAACCCAUUAUUUGAAUCGAAAAGAAGAGAAAUCUGGUAAUAAAUGCUAUAGUAAAAAAAGAAAAAAGAUCAAAACUUGGGUAAAAAAAAAAACAGAGUAGGAGCGCAUGUUUUAUUAACUGAUCAUGAAUAAGUAUGACUGUCACGCUCCAGUAUAUAUAUAUAUAUAUAUAUAUAUAUAUAUAUAUGUGGAAUUGGAAGGAGCUGAAGAAGAUGGAAACAGUGAUUUUGAGAAUUAUUAGUAGAGAGCUGAGCGAUGAUGAUCAGGACGGAGAGUGAUGAUGAAGAUGAUUAAAAGAGAGAGUCGUAAUACUAGUCUAUCUGUCUCUCACUUUCUCACUAGCUACCAAUUUCUUUAUUUAUUCGCUCUCUCUCUCUCACUCUGAUUAAUUAAUUGAAAAGAAAUAGUUUGGAAUUGGAAUUUGGAUAUAGCCUCCUAGUUUCUUUUUUUCCCACUCGCUCACUCAUGACAUACCUACAGGCACUUGCUCACACUGUUCAAUAAUGUUUAAUUACCGUCGUCUUCUUCUCUGGGAUUUUGUUGCUUCUUUCUUAUUUUUUCUGUAUUCACGCUGAUCGAGAAUUCUCUUUCACCGUUAUUCUUAAUUCACAGUAUACCUACCCAUUCCUGUACAAGUAUUCUUUUCUCUUUUUGAGGAAACAUUCAUUCAAGAUUCCCACUCUGUCAAAGGAAUAUGAAGUUAGAAAUUUCAAUCAAGGGAAUUAAUAAUUACAAAAGAUGAUCAACUCAAGAGCUAGAACUACAGCGAAGAUCACCAAAUCAUCAGUCAAAAUUGAAAAUGAAAAACAGGGGAAAAGACUAAUGGAGGCUGAAAAACCAACCUUGAAUCGACGACUCUCUCGCAAAGAGAGAAAAAUUGCCUUACAACAAGAUGUUGAGAAGCUUAAAAAGAAGUUAAGACAUGAAGCAAAUGUGCAUAGAGCUCUGGAAAGAGCUUUCACUAGACCUCUGGGAGCUUUACCUCGUUUGCCUCCUUAUCUCCCUCAAAACACAUUGGAGCUAUUAGCUGAAGUAGCUGUGUUGGAGGAGGAGGUUGUCCGACUCGAGGAACAAGUUGUGAAUUUCAGACAAGGCUUGUAUGAAGAAGCUGUUUACGUUGCAUCCUCCAAGAGAAACAUGGAUAGUCCAACAGAGUUAUGCAAUUCAAGUAGAAAAAAUAAAAAGGAACAACCAAAAACAAUUUCUCAAGGAGGAGAUGGCAAUUCACCAACAUUGUACACACAAAGCGGAAGCAAGGCGUCGAGUUCAACGCACUUGCCGUCAAACCUUGUUUCUGGUAAAUCCGUGCAUUCUCAUAAUCAGCCCACAUUGGGGAAACAACCCUCGCGAAGGUUUACACCAGCUAUGUUAUCGGUUGCAGACGAAGAGCGGGGCAAAGAGAAUCAUUCCUCUAUUAACUCUUCGAAGAACAACAAAAGUCUCCCAAGUCAACCAAUUCAAAGAAUCAGAACCACUGGAAGAAGUGCACCAGUGGAGAGUACGUCACAGGAGAAACAUUUGGUUCCUCUCAAGUUACAGCUAGAAUGCAGAACAAUAGACCGAGAUAGUGCAAAAGAAAGCUGUUCGGUUCUUCCGGACCAAAAGAAUUUAGGAGAAAAAAAUAGUUGUCCAAACAAGAUAUCGGAGGAUAUUGUGAAAUGUCUCUCGGCCAUUCUCUUGAGGAUGAGGACACAGAAGGUCAAGGGAUCUGAUUCCUUUGAAGCUGAGUUUAGAGAUCCUUAUGGUAUCUGUAAAGAAUUUGAGAAAUGGGACGUAGGCCCAUAUAAGCACUUACGGGCAAUUGAAGCUAGCUCAGUCGAUCCCAAUCCAACGCCAGACUCUUCUAUUCUGACACAGAGACUGAAGCUCCUCCUUGGGAAACUUAGGUCGGCUGACUUGCGUGGCCUCAGUCAUCAACAGAAGCUUGCAUUCUGGAUCAAUGUUUAUAAUUCAUGCAUGAUGAAUGCAUUUAUAGAGCACGGGAUACCAGAAAGUCCUCAGAUGGUCAUUGCAAUGAUGCAAAAGGCAAAGAUAAAUGUAGGUGGGCAGUCACUGAAUGCAAUGAUAAUUGAGCAUUUCAUCUUGAGACUACCUUAUCACUCAAAACACACCUACUCAAAAGAUACUAAAUGUAAUGAGCUUAUAUCGAGGACUGCCUUUGGACUUGAGUGGUCUGAACCAUUGGUCACAUUUGCACUCUCAUGCGGAAGCUGGUCUUCACCUGCAGUAAGAGUGUAUUCAGCAUCUGAAGUCGAAAAUGAGCUGGAAACUGCAAAGAGAGAUUAUUUACAAGCAGCAGUCAGUAUUACAAGCUCCAACAAGUUAGUGAUUCCAAAGUUGCUAGACUGGUAUCUGUUAGACUUCGCGAAGGAUAUGAAGUCCCUGCUGGAUUGGGUCGCCCUUCAGUUACCGGAUGAUCUGAGGACUAAAGCAGUCAAAUGCUUAGAAAGAGGAAGAAAUGAACCUCUUUCACAAAUGGUACAAGUUACGCCAUAUGAAUUCAAUUUCCGGUACCUUUUACACCAAUAAAAAUCUCGCUUCUCUCCUUUAAUCCUCUUCUCAUUGGCCUAGAAUGCUGCACGCAUGCAUGGCAGGGAUUUCAUAUCAAAGAGUCUACACAGCUUAUAGCAAACAUAUUACAAAAGAAUAAAAAGAAAUAUGUCUAUAUAAUGUUAUCUAUCCAUCUGUAAUUGUAAUAGAUAAGAUGUUGUCUUAACACAAGGGCUUUUUUUGGAUUGAGAUUCAAUUCAUUAUAUUUUCUUUUUCGCUA